GACAGUGACCUCUCAUGAAUCCUGACAUUACUCGGUACAGUCAGUGGAUCUGUUUCACGGCGGUGAUUCGGUGCUAGCAAACUUCGUGGACUGAUCCACUGACUGGAAUUGUUGUAUUCGUAUAAAAAGACAAAGUGAAAUCAAAGCCGUUUGAGUUGAAUGUUCGCUGGAGUUUUGCAUGAAGUUGCGGUUAAGACACGCGCCUCUGUGGGACAUUAGAAACGGCGACGGGGGUGUUUGGGUAUCCGGUUUGCUCCGCCACUCCCCCUCCUUCCCCAGUGUGAAUGGAACAUCCUGAAAGUUUGGCUCUCGAAGUAGGCGAGCUGCCGACUGACUGACAACAUAGCAGGGGGUAACUUCGGCUUCUUCAGUCACCAGGACAGCAGACGAUUCACUAGCAUAACAAAGCGCUUCCCCCUCGUUUUAUAUUCUUUACCCCAAAGCAAUGUUCAUUUUGACUUUCCCAAUUUGUUUUGAGGCAACACAAAACGCGGCUUGAAGUAGCAGGCUUCUGGUCUUUGGGAAUGCUUCCUCAGUCUGCCAGUGAAGUGAGUUGUGGAGCAGGCUGACUGUCCCCUGUGAAGACGAAACAAGAUUUUAUUGUAACGUCUUACAAUCAAGGUUCCUCUUGAAAUGGCGACUUUAUGAAUGAAUGUUCUGGGGAAUUUCCCUUUAUGUGAAAGUGAACUACAAAGAAAAAAAAUCUGAAUUUCCUCUGUGAUUUAUAGAGCAGAGAGUGACGGCCCCUUCUGUCCAGCCACAUCUGAAGACAUGUUGUACUGGACUUUGUGUGACUGGAAAGUACUGCUGCUGAUUGUUCUGCUGUGGGACUGCCUCUGUGCUUUGGAACUGAAACCCACGCAAUGGCCACUGUAUUCACAAAAGCCUUUACUCCUCGUUUGGAAUGCCCCGACUGAGGACUGUGCCCCAAGGCAUGGUGUUCAUUUUCAGUUGGACCAGUUCCACAUUGUGGCCUCACCCAAUGAGGCGUUUGUUAGACAGAACCUAACCAUCUUCUACAAGGACCGUUUGGGCUUGUACCCCUACUUUGAGUCAGAUGGGACACCAUUGAAUGGCGGGCUGCCACAGUUGGCCAGCCUCACACGGCACUUGGCGAAGAUGCCAGACAGUGUACAGAGGUACAUACGUGAGUCAGGGGCCAAGGGCCUGGCAGUUAUUGACUGGGAGGAGUGGCGCCCUCUCUGGAUACGUAACUGGGCAAACAAAGAUGUUUACCGCAGACAGUCUCGUGACUUAGUACGCCAGAAGAACCCAACAUGGCCACCAGAGCAGGUGGCAAAAGUAGCCCAGCAGGAGUUUGAAAUAUCUGCCAGGACGUUCAUGGUGGAGACGCUGAAGCAAGCCAAAAACCUGAGGCCCAACCAGCUGUGGGGGUUCUACCUGUUCCCUGACUGCUACAACCACGACUACUUACGCACUCUGGAGAGCUACACGGGGCGCUGUCCUGAUGUGGAGGAGGCUCGCAACGAGCAGCUGAAAUGGCUGUGGAUGGAGAGCACGGCCCUCUUCCCCUCAGUCUACAUGGGCACUGUGCUGCGGUCCUCAGCCUCUGGUCGCCAGUUUGUCCGGAACAGAGUGAAGGAGGGGAUGCGCCUGGCAUCAUCAGGCGAUGGGUUGGCUCGUCCGGUCUUUGUGUACACUCGGCCCACCUACACAAAUUCUUUGGAACAGCUGACAGAGUAUGACCUUGUCUCCACCAUCGGGGAGAGUGUGGCUUUGGGAGCCGCUGGAAUCAUCCUUUGGGGAGAUGCUGCUUACACAAGCAGCAAAACCAGCUGUUCAGACCUUGACACAUAUCUACGGGGUCCACUGAGUCAAUACCUCCUCAACGUCUCCACAGCAGCAGAGCUAUGCAGCCAGACUUUGUGUGGUUCUCACGGCCGCUGCCUGCGCAAAAAUCCAGACAGCGAUGUUUACUUGCACCUGAGCCCCCUCACCCACAGUAUCAUCAGGCAGAAUGGCAAACCGACAGUCACCGGUAAACUUGGAGAGGCCGAUGUGACGACUUUUCAGACCUGGUUCCAGUGCCAGUGCUACAGCGGCUUUCAGGGCUGCAAUCAGACAGAUCUUCUGCACCAGAAAGGGACGGCAGCUGGAACCAUGGCAUCAGCACUCCAAUGUGUGUUCUUACUGAUUAUUUCUCUGCUCCUCACCUAAUGCGCCAUCAGCAGCAGUAGUAGUAGACAGCCUUAUUUUGUAUGUCACAAUACAGGAGUACACAUGAUGACAGGUUGAAAGUUGUGGGAGGGAAGAUUUUUUGGUUUUUUUUGUAAUUUGCUGUAAAAUAUGGAUGAUAGAAAGUGAUUUUUUUUUAAAGAAACACUGUGGAAUGAGCAAAGUUAUAUUUGUUUAUAACUUUUAAUCUUUAAUGGCUCGCUGGAAAUGAACUUGUUUACAUUUUGCUCUCAGUUUCCUCUCAGUCACUGUUUUCCAUGGUGUCAGAUUCCAUGUUUCCCAUGGAGAGCACGUUAUUUGGAGGAUAUUUGUUGAAUGAGUUGACAUUUGACAGUCGUUCUGUGGUGAAAGUGGAAUCGAUGCACUUAAAACUGGCAAUAGCACAAUAUGAUCUGAAGUGCCUGAUCUUUUUUUUUUCUCAAUAUGACCUCAUUCAUUACCUUUUCAUGGAGGCAAUAAAGUGUUACUAUUUAUUUGAAUGUAUUUGUAGGUGUUUUAUAUGAUAUUUUCUUAUUUUUAUGUCCAAAACAUGACUACUACUAGUUUUCUCAAAGACACUACAUUAGUCCAUUUAUGCUGAAAAACAAACUGUCAGCAACUAUCUGACUUCAGAAGCACAACCAUUGUACAUGAAAUCCUGUAUGAUGUUUCUUCUGAAACCUCAACUCUGUCACUUUCCCCUCUGUCUUCAUGCUGUUUUCUCAAAUGUGUCUUGAUGUCAAAGUAAAUAAACUUAUUCUUGAA